UCCCUUUUCUCUUCUUUCACUCACUGGGGAUGAGAUUGUGCUUAAUAAGGGAAUUUCAGCAUGGUCAUUAUACCGACACACGUUGAGUGGAUAAUGAUACCUUUCUCUUUGGGUUUUUAUUGCUGUGUCGGCCAUUUUCUGACCAUUUUAUUAAGACAGCAUGUACUUAACACAGCCACACAUCUGCAAAGAGUUUGACAGAUCGGUUCCCAGAGUGACACAUUUUCUGUUUCACAUUAAACUUGUGCUGAUUUUCUAUUAAGGGGAAUCCAUGGGUCAAAACAGUUGGAGAUUUCUCGAAUUGUGAUUCGAAAAUUUGACUUGAAUCUGAUCCGCUUUGUAUGGAUUUAUUUUUAGUAGGAAAAUGCGAAUGAAAGGUUUGAAAUCGGUCCCAAACGUGUAUAAUGUUUUUCCACAAGUGAUAAGACAUCACAAAUAAAAGGGUACCAGCAGGUGAAUCUUUACCCCCCCCUCGCCCCCCCUUUUCCCGGCAGUGACUCAACUUGCCUUUGGGGUUGAAGCAGCCGUCAAUAAAAGGCUCUCUUCUUUAUGGAGGCACUUUGAAUUGUCAUGUCUUGUCAUGCUUUUGCAGUCAAAGCAACCUUGUCCUUUGGCAUCAAGAGCAAAAAGAGACCCUCAGACCAAAGAGUAUGAAAGAAAUAGCGGUAAACAUUGCAGUUUUAUCAUAAAAUCCAUGAAGUCGGCACCAAGAGUAGAUUGUCUUAUAUAAGUCAGGUUAUGAUGGACAUCAGGGAUGCUUGGAGAACCAAACUGAGUGAUCUUAUUGUCUGAAGAACUUGAUGAGAUCUUCUGACUGAAUGUUAAGUAUGACGCCUAAGACAGCUCCAGGCACAUCUCCGUGGCUGUGCUGGAUGCUCGCCCCCGCCCCGCCUCCCCCCUCCCCUGCAGCGAAGAGAAAGUGACCUAUUACAGUAAUAAUAAACAACUAAAAACAAAUAUUAAUAUGAAGUUUGUUGUAGGUUAUAUUUUCAUUCAUUCAUUCAUUUACACCCUGGACUGGUGGCCAGCCAAUCACAGGGCACAUAUAGACAAACAACCAUUCACACUCACAUUCAUACCUAUGGACAAUUUGGAGUGGCCAAUCAACCUAGCAUGUUUUUGGAAUGUGGGAAAAAAACGGAGCACCCAGAGAAAACCCACGCAUGCACGGGGAGAACAUGUAAACUCCACACAGAGAUGGAAUUGAACUCUGGUCUCCUAGCUGUGAGGUCUAUGCGCUAACCACUACAUCACUUUGCAGUCUCACUCAUUUUUUUUACAUUUUGAAGCUCUACUUUUCAGACCUAACAAAAAUUUUAAUUCUUCAACUGGUUAUAACAUUUUGCUCAGGAGUGUGUACUCCAUGUACUCUAUGUACUCUAUGUACUCUAUGUACUCUAUGUACUUUAAUUAUGGGCUCUUCCUCAAUCUUCCACAUUCUAGCACUUUAACAUAAUAUAUUGCUUUUUAUUUUUUCAUAUAUAAUUUCAAAACAUUUACAUUGUAUAAUAAUCGAGUACUUCCCCGAUAGCAAAGUGGUCCAAAGAACCAGGAAGAAAGGCAAACGAAAAGAAAUAGAAGUCAACGUCUGAUCCGCCCUUUGCAAAAGCACACUAGCCCUCAUUGUUGUUGCCGAGUGGAAUGCUGGAGCAAAGUGGGAGGCCAUGUGGGUCUGUUGUCAUCCCGACCGGGAGGCGGAUGGACAUUUUUCAUCUUCGGUCCUUUCUCUUUCGGUCCUUGUGUGGUUAGGGUGUAUGGGUUAAUCAACAUCAGUGAGGGAAUUAUUAUGGUUCCUCUGCUAGAAUCCAGAAGAAGAUCAGCUGAGAGCGACAGAAGUAAUUAGGCCUUUGGGAUGAGGAUGAGGCUACCCCACUACUGAGCAAGGCAGUGCAUCAACAAGGGGAGGUUAUGUCUGUAAGGUGCACUCAGCCUUGCCACUUCCUUUUUAUUGAUGCCGAAGAGACCAAUAGGAGUCGAGCCGACCCUGGAAUGGGACCAGACCCGGAUGAACUGGACUGGGAUGGCUUUAGCACCGCAUUGGAGAACAGAAUAGGGCAGGAGACUUGCCGGGUGUCGGAACAACGCUGCGUCCAGCUGGAAAACACCCAACGUGAGCUCCAACGACAACUAUCAGGCUUGUCGGACCGUCUGGAGGAAGGGGAGACUCGUUCAACUCGGCUGGCUAUCCACAGAGACAAGCUGGAGGCCGAGUGUGACAGCCUCAGGCAAGACCUGGACCAACUGGAGGGUGCCUUGAUUGCAUCCGAACGGGAUAAACAGCAAGCUAUGGAGGACCUCCACAGUGAAGAGGAGAAGGUGAACGUGUUAACCGAAGAGAAGACGCAGCUACAGAUGCAAAUAGAAGAUCUGGAGUAUGAGCUGGAGCAGGAGCGCUAUCAGCGCGAAGAGCUGGAGAAGAACAAGAGUAAAAUGGAAGGUGACGGCGUAUUUUCUCAUGAGAACGCUGACGAAAUGGAGAAGAUGAGGAGUGGUCUGGAAGAGAUCAUCCAGAGGAAGGAUGCGGAGAUAAGCAGCAUCAUCUCCAGUCUAGAAGCUGAAGAGGCCCUCACCAACGGACUGCAGAAGAGAAGCCAAGAAAUGCAGGCCCGCAUUGAGGAGCUGGAAGAGGAGCUGGAAGCAGAGCGAACCAUCAGAGCAAAGGUCGAGAAGCAGAGAGCAGAUCUAAGCAGAGAGCUGGAAGAUCUCACAGAUCGACUGGAGGAAGCAGGAGGGGUCACCGCUUCUCAGAUGGAGGUGAACAAGAAGCGAGAAGCAGAGCUCCAGCGUCUGAGGCGAGACCUGGAGGAGUCGUCAGUCCAGUCGGAGGCGCUGGCCGCCACCUUGAGAAAACGUCACGGCGACGUCAUGGCAGAGCUCAGUGAGCAGUGUGAGGCUCUGCAGAGGACCAGGGCCAAGUUGGAGAAAGAGAAGCAGAACUUGAGAAUGGAAGUAGACGACCUCGCCACUUCUCUAGACAGCCUGCAGAAAGCCAAGAUGUCCUCGGAUGGCCAGAUGAAGAAAUUGGAAGAGCAGCUCUGCGAGUCUAACAGGCGAGGAGAUGACUUGCAGAGGACGCUCACUGAGCUCACUGUGAUCAGGAACAGACUCACGGCUGAUAAUACAGACCUGAAUCGACGGUUGGAGGAGUCCGAGAGCAAAUCCAGCCAGCUAAGCCGCACCAAGACCCUCCUCCAAUCUCAACAGGAGGACCUGAAGAAACAGCUGGAUGAGGAGGUCAAAUGUAAGCAGGCCGUCGGCGGAAGUCUCAGCUCAGUGCGGCAGGAGUGUGAGGUGCUCAAGGAGCAGCUGGAGGAGGAGCAGGAGAGCAAGCAGGAACUCCAGAGGCUCAUCUCCAAACUCAAUAGCGAGGUGACACACUGGAAGACAAAAUACGAGGCGGACGCCAUUCAGUAUGCUGAUGAGCUGGAGGAAACCAAGAAGAAGCUGGUGUUACGGCUCCAAGAGGCUGAGGAGGCAGUGGAAGCUACCCAGGCCAAGUGCUCAUCUCUGGAUAAAACCAAACAGAGGCUCCAGGGGGAGGUGGAGGAGCUGUGCAUAGACCUGGAGAAGGCCAGAAGUUGUGGACAAGCGCUGGAUAAGAAGCAGCGGGUCCUGGAGAAGCAGCUGGGAGACUGGAAGCAAAAGUGUGAGGAACUGGUAGCUGAGGUGGAGGGUUGCCAAAAGGAGAGUAGACAACACACUGACGAGCUGUUUAAGGUCAAGACGGUUCAUGAAGAGUCUCUGGAGCAACUGGAGGCUCUAAGAAAGGAGAACAAGACUUACAAAGAGGAGAUCGUUGACCUGACAGACCAGCUCUCGGAUGGAGGUAAGAAUGUCCACGAACUCCAGAAAGCAAAGAAGAAGAUCGAGAUGGAAAAAGAAGAGUUGCAGGCGUCCUUGGAAGAGACCGAAGGAGCUCUGGAGGCUGAGGAGACCAAAGUGCUGAGGCUGCAGCUGGAGUUGUCCCAAGCCAAAGGAGAUCUGGAGCGCAGACUUCAGGAGAAAGAAGAAGAGACUGAAGCUGCUCGAAAAAGCCAUCAAAGAGCGUUGGAGUCCCUGCAGGCCACUUUAGAUGUGGAGAUUAAAGGUCGAGGAGAGGGACUGAAGCUCAAGAAGAAACUGGAGUCUGAUGUUGCCGAACUGGAGCUCCAAGUGGAACUUCUUACCAAAAGCAACAACGAGUUCAGCAAAAGCAGCAAAAAGACUCAGCAGCAGAUCAAGGAGCUACAGGCUCAGCUGGAGGAGGAAGUGAAGGGCAGCGAGGAGCGCAAGGAGGAGUUGGCGGCUUUAGAGCGACGUUGUGCUCUGCUGGUCGCCGACGGUGAACAGACUCGCUCCGCCUUGGAGAGCACGGAGAGGACUCGCAAAGCCUUGGAGAUGGAGCUUCAGGAUGCCAAUGAAAAAUACAACGACCUGAACAAUCAGUUCCAGUCGGCUCUGAGUGGAAGGAGGAAACUAGAAGUGGAUCUCCAAGCUCUGCAGCAGGAGCACGAGGAGCUCCAAGGAGAGAUGAGAGGAUCUGCGGAGAAGUCCAAGAAGACCAACUGUGAGUUGGCCAGAGUGGGGGAGGAGCUCCGCCUGGAGCAGGAGCACGUGAUCCAUCUGGAGAGGGUGAAGAAAGGUCUCGAGGCCCAGGUGAAAGAUAUGAGCAGCAAGCUGGAUGAAGCUGAGCAGAUGGCUCUUAAAGGGGGCAAGAAAAUCAUCCAGAAGCUGGAGGCAAAGGUGAAGGAGCUCGAGCUCGAACUGGAGGCGGAGCAGAAGCGACACGCGGAGACGGUGAAAACUCUGAGAAAGAACGAGCGCCGCCUCAAGGAGCUGCUCUUCCAGUCUGAGGAGGACCAGAAAAACCAGCAGCGAAUGCAGGAGCUGGUGGAGAGGCUGCAGAACAAGAUGAAGGCUUACAAGAGACAAGUGGAGGAGGCCGAGGAACAAGCUAACAUGAACUUAGCUAAGUACAGAAAAACGGUCCAUGAGUUGGAUGAUGCUGAAGAAAGAGCAGACAUUGCUGAGUCGGCGCUCACUAAGAUAAGGACCAAGAACAGAGGAAGCUUCAGCAAGGGAUACUCCUCUGGUUACAGCACGCCGUACCCGAGCCUGGCGCGGUCACCCAGCUCCGUGGGCUCGGAGGGCCGAGGAGAGAAGAUCCUCAGCGACGACCACGAAUCCGUCAGCUCCCUCAUCCCGGCUUAUCUCAACUCACUUAAGAAGCUUAUGAUUGACUAAUUUUCUGAUGUGACGCCAUUUUGCCCGCUUAGUGACGUGAGAAAAUUAAAUCUAGCGUGUGUAGAGAGAGAUUAGUGGAAUUGAAUAGUGGGAUUUUUUUACUUCACAUUAUAAACAUGAGUGUUUUUUUCAGAGCCACGCGCUUCCUCUUACACAAUACCUGCGGCAUAUAUUUGUACUACCGCGUAAUACCGCGUUUCUUCGAUUAGUGGUCUCCACUCUAAUAUACGUAAGUCACUGCACCGCGUCAAUCUGAAUACAUAAGACGAGUAAACACCCUCUGCAGUUGAGUAAAUAGACUCCCAUGACUACUAGAUGAGAUUGAAAAGUAGCACUUCACAUCAGCUGGGAAUUAUUUAUCACAUAUGUUGUUUAUGAUUAUUAUUAUUAUUUUUUUUAAUUUACAUUCACUUAUUUCAAUAAUGUAAUAACAUGCUACUGACCAUGUCUGGAUAACCAGGUUCAUUAUUAUUAUUAUUAUUAUUAUGUGUUUGACAAUGAAACCUAUUGGCCAGUGUAUGUAUUAUUUGCCUCAAUCAAAGUCAUGGCUGGUAAGCAGCCCUUCAUAAUAAAAGCUCAACACUUGUGUUA